GCAGAACAUGGCGACUUCCAUAUGAGGACGUAAGGAGAACACGACGGUGACAUUUAAAUGAGUGUAAUCGGUACUGUUACAUACGAUUUCACUUAUAGCUUGAGUUUGGUGUUUGUGAAGUGACAUUAUAAUAUGGCGAUGCAAAGUGGAUCUGUGAUUCAAGAGAAAGUCGCGAAACUGUUAAGCAGACAGCAGGGCAGACCCGUCCUGAGACCCAUCAAACCUCUGGCGCUGAAGAAUGAGGUCGCCAAUCGAAGACUGAGGAAAGGAGAGGCCACGUGUGUUACAGAGAUGUCAUUGGUGAUGGCUUGCUGGAAACAGAAUGACUUUAACAACACAGUCUGCUCUAAAGAAGUGACAGCUUUCUACACAUGUGUGGAAAAGACCCAGGCCCAGAACAAGGCCAGCGGAAAGCAGGGAGGUCAAGGUCGACUUUUGCCAAAGGAAGCAACUCUCUUAUUGAAACGAUAUCCCAACCUCUCUGGUGAAAUCUAGCACCCCAUACCACCGCUCAGGCAAAGAAUGGACAUAAUCUGUGAUGUAAAGAUGGGGACUUUAGACUGAGUGCAGGACUGGGAGUGUCUGGCCAAGCCAACUGAUGAGAUCCAUUCCUGGAAAGGCUUUCUAAAAAAAAUAAAACUGUUUGUCGCAGAGACUCAAUCUCUGCCAAAAGUAAUUUGUCACAACAUCAGCAGAUGUUCACAAAUCAAAUGAGCUGCAUUCACAAGGUUGUGAAGGCACUUCUGUUGAUUGGAACAUUUUACUGACUUCGUCUAAAAAGCACAAAGGAUCACUUAUUUAGUUCCAGGCGUAAAUGUAAUUCUUUUGAGAGCUUCUAUAGUCGCUUGCUGAAAUAACUGUCUCGGUUUGUAUCCACAUUACUCUCUUUGAUAAUGUGGAUGUUAUAGAUUUUUAUUGGUCACUUUUUUUGUGUCUCCACUGAAUAACUGAGCUGUGACCUGUGCAAUCAAACAGAUUUUUUUUGCUAAUUGUCUUCCUGUUUCAUGCAAUGUCCACCAUAUCAUUUGCCUCAGACAGCCGUUUCCAUUUAUCAGAAAAUAAAGAUAAUAGAAACAAGUGGAUUAUGUUACAUGCCAGGACAAAGUGAAUCAGUUUUAACCAUGAAACUUUGCAGUAAAGAUUGUAAUAGCUUAUUAAAUAAAUUGAGUUAUAAAUGUA